AUGGGCGAUGGAUUUCAAAGAGUUGUUCGCCGGCACGCCGACGUUGCGGUCCAAGACACCAGCCAUAGCCUAUACAGUUCUGAACUUAUCGUAUUGCUAGAUCCCAAGAACGAGCGUCUCGUGUACCUCCUGAGCGUGGAUAAUGCCUCAAGCGCAGAUGACGUGGCAGUUCAGAUGCGGGGCCUCCUGCAAGCAGCUGCUGCGCCCUACGUGCACCUGAUGGCGUUGCCAGCGGGCCUCCGACGCAGCCUGCUGCGGCAGCUGGUGGGUCUUGCACGCCGCGAGUCCUCUUACGUGUACACUGCCCAUUGUGUUUUCCGCUCUAUCACUCGUGGCCAGUUUCCCGGCGGUCAACCGGUCAUCACGCAAGUACCGUUACCGACGGAUCUGGCGACAGCUUUGCAGCACCAGCACCAGCAGCUGGGGAAGCAGCAGCAGGGGAAGGUGCCGCUGGAAGGGGUGUCGUCGUCGUCGGCGGCGGGGGCUGUAGAGCCGCACCAGGAGGAGGGCCCCCAGCGGAUCCCACAGGACGACGGAGGCGGGUUGUCAGGAGAGACAGAGGAGCGCGAAUCCCCAUCUGGGUCGCGCACAUGGGCACCCGGCGGUGUGCUUGAGCUGCUGUACGGCUCAUCGGAGCUGCAGCCCGGCGGACUGGUGGCAGAGGGCGCAGCCGCACACGCAUCUGCGUCCGCAGGCAGGAAGGAGCCGGAAGCGGAGGUGCUGGACGGUGGCAGGGAUUUGUGCGAGCGGGACCUCCCUGACGGGGUUCUGUCCCGGCGGAAGGCAGUGGGGCGGCUGAUGGCGUGGCACAAGGGCGCGUCCAUGCGCGUGGCCUGCCGCCGCAACGAGCGCACGAAGUACAAGUUCGACUGGCUUAUUCAGGGCUUGAACAGCAUCGACCAGCUCAGCGUCGCGGUGAUGACGCCCAACAUUAUCCUCCUCCGGAACAACGUGGAAGCAAACCUCGGAGUUGACGAUUUGUACAAUAUCUUGGAUGGGGAGAGCGACGACGACGACGAUGAUAAUGAUGAUGACGACGGCGGCGAGGGCGGCGGGAAGGUAAAGGUGAUCAAGCUGCAGGUUGACGGCUCUGAAGGCCUGGCGCAGGGCCUUGCGGAGGUGUUGAAGCACGUCCAACGCUGCACGGACCGCGCUGCGUUCCUGGAUGUGCUAUGUGGUAUGAGCACCCAUAGAACGGCGAUGUUUCUCUUGGUGGCCCUGACGCCGCACCCGUACGCCCCCGCCAUCGGCGCGCAGGGGGAUGCAGUCAGCGACACCGAACAAAGUGGGGAUAGUGACGACGAGGACGAGGACGAGGACGAGGACGAGGGGGCCAAUGUCAUUGAGGUUGAAGACUUUGCCGAGUUGCUCUCCAUGCUCGCCAACGACAACGACAGCGACAAUGACGAAGAGGUGGACGUUGAUGACGGCGAUGGCAACGACGCGGAGGCUUCUUCUUCUUCAUCCGAUGACAAAGGACGGGAAGACGAAUCCCCGAGCGACAACCUCCUGGCUAGGAGCCUCCUCCGCAAUGGGCAAUUCCGGGAAGUGAUGCCGGGCGUCUUUGUCCAGGUGUUGGACGGCGGGGUCCGGCGCGUCCCAGCGGACGGCGAUGACGGUGACGAGGUGGGCUAUAGCGGCAGCGGCGGCGGCGGACGUGAAGGUGGUGUAGAGGAGGACGACGGCGAUGGCCAACAUGAGUGGGAUAUGUCCACCACGCUAGAUGUGCAGCUGUCGCCGGGACCCAUGGGUUGGACGGCGAUGGUGAGAGUUGGGGUUGGGGCCGACAAAGACAAAGACGGGCGGACAGACGGAGGCGACGCUGCAGCCGGUAGCCGGAGGCGUGACGCGCUACGAGAAGCCCUUCGAGCCGAUGCGGAGCACCUCCAAAACAUCCGGCGCCUGGAGGCGUUGUGGGACAAGCAAGUGGGGGAGGACAGCCCACAGGAGCAGCAGCCUCACCAAGGGCAGGGGCAGCAGCAGCAGGAGGAGGAGGCGGUUUCAGAGCCAGGAAGUGCAGCAGCUAGCCCAGCACCUGCAGCGCGGCCACAGGGCACCUCCGGGAACCAGGACGGCAGUGGCGUCAGUGGCGCGGACGGCCUCAACAGCAGGGGGGGCCUGGAAGCGGAUUGGCGGCAAGCAGAGCGCCGGGCAGCUGCAAGGGGCGGCUCUCCGGGACGGGGCUUUGUAGAUUUCCCACCGGGAGGUGGUGUCGGCGCCGCGGCAGCGCUAGGGGCCGUGCCAACGGACCGGCUGAUGGGGCCCCCCAGACGGACCGGGACGGCUGGUGCAGGUGCGGCUGCUUCUGGUGCCGUUGGAGGGACAGCAAACGGGGAUGAGCCGUGUGGAGAGGCUUCCGUAGCUGGGCGAGUCGUACGGGAUGAAGGUGGAGCUCCGGACUCCCCAUCCACAACCGGGGAUUCGACCGCCGAUGGGUUAAUUUCCAGCACAAGGUCUAGGAGAGGAGCCACUGCGGAGGGGCUACAACGUGGCAAGGGAGACACGGGACCGGCAGCUACGCAUCAAGCGGUGCCAGGGGAGGGCGAGGAGGGCUCAGAUGCUGGUACUGACGGAUUAGUAGCGCGCCCGCGACCCGUGGGUCGCUCUCGCAUGGUACGCCGGCCUCGUGGGCGAGUGCGUAUGGGCCGCCAGUCGCCGGACCCCCCGCCGGCUUCCAAUGCCGCUGAGACGGGGACUGCCGCCUCACUGCCCGCUUCUACAUCAUCGCCAUCCGCACCCGGCAAAGAGGCUGGAGGUCCCCAUGACCCCGCGGCCACGACCGGCGCAAGCGGCAACAACAGCACUAGCGCUGGUGACGCUGUAUCCAUUCCUGCAUACCGGCACAUGAAGCAGGUACCGGGCAGCGGCGGCGUGGCUGCUGGCACGGACGUUGGCGUGGGUGCCACUGGGGCUCCAAGUAACGGUAGUCGGCAAACUUGGGGAGGCAGGACGGGCCCAGGAGCGCCAGCGCCGCAAGGGGCUGGCGGCAGCGGUGGCGGUUCUGGCUUGCCGCCUGAGGCUGCCGGAUAUGCCGCCCUAGAUCUGGAGCAGCUGGCGCACUUCGUGUUGGGCCGGCAAGCCAGCCCCGAGGAGGUCCAGGACCUGGCGCGGGCGGUGGCGCAAUCGGCCGAAGUGGAGGAGGCCUUAGGGAACACCAGUACCAGUACCUCCGGAGGCUAUCAGCCACACUCCUUCCACCAGCAGCAACAACAACAACAACAGCAGCCGCCGGGUACACAACAAAAGCAUCACGGCGCGCAGGGCCUCGGUGGGGAUCGAUCCGGAAAACACCAUCGGCGCCGUCCCGGCACGCGUCUACAGUCAUCACGAGAGGCGUCCCUUUCAGCCGGCCGCAACCGCCGCAGCGUCGUAACCCCACGGCACCGGCGGUUGACGAUACCCGAGCCGGUCCUCCGGCUAGCGGACUUCAUGCAGGCGGCGCAGGUGCAGCGGCAGUCAUCUGUCAUGGACGGGGGGGAGGAGCUCGCGGCGGCCGUGUUGGCCGCAUUCCGUACGGCACCGCUGCUGGAACGCCAGGCAGCGGAGGCACUGGUUGACUUCCUGCGCGGGCGGUGGCAACCUGGUCAUCAGCGGGACUGGCGACGGGGCCACAGUGGUUACCACGGAAACCAGGAGCGCCCGGGGGUCGCCGAGGUGCUUCGACAUGCAGCUGGGCUGCCUGGUCUGGUCCGCGGCCGGGAUGCCGUGGUGGUCCUGCCCAGGACACUGCUGGAGGCGACGGUAGGGGCGUGGCAGGAGCAGGAGCAGCGAGUAAUGCACGAGGAUUAUCGGACUGUUGGCCGUCAAGAGUGGUGA